AAAGGCCGCGAGCUCAUGACAUGCACGAUCCGCGCGCCGCCAUUCGCCUACGCGCAGCUGGCAGCCGUGAGCGACACAUCAUCAUCCACCACUGACGACCUCGACGCGUUGCAGGUGCGGGCGUACUGCACGUCUGCGCUGCGGCAGUUCCUGGGCGACACGGGGGCGGGGAUGGCGGUGGACAUUCUGAGCGUGACGGGUUCGUCGUGCUGGGUGCGGGUGCCGCGGGCGGACCUGGGGGCGUUUGCGGCGGCGCUGACGGCGUUUGGCGGCGUGUCGUUGACGAACAGUGGUGGUGGUGGUGGUGGUGGUGCCAAGACGGCGAUGCUGGUUCUGCAGGUGCAGGCGUGCGGCGACUGGCUGGGCAGUUUGAUCGGGCGCGCGGAGCAGGGCGCUUUGUGGACGUCAUGA